AUUUCGCCUCAUUAAUUUUUUUUAGAAGAUGAAAAUGUAGAUGUUUUAGUUCCACAGCUACACGAGAACUUCCGUAAUCUGACACGUGAACUCGACAGUUUUGAAGCUGACAGUCAUGUUGUAACAGUAAUCAAACGAAUAUUCCUGGCCUGGGAACGGACUCGAGUCUGUGUUUCCAGCUGGGACUCUCGUGCCUUGAUGUGAUGUAGUAGUUUUAACCACGUGCCAUUGUAGCAAAAGAAAAUCAAGCUGUACCAGCCUGGACAUGGCACCUCAUGUGGUUACGCUAUCCUCUUUUGACCAUCUUCACUUCAGUGAUAAGGACAAAUUGAAGAGGAAGCCGAUUGUUGAAAAGAUGCGUAGAGACCGUAUCAACAACUGCAUCGACCAGCUCAAGAGUCUCCUGGAGAAGGAGUUUCACAGCCACGAUCCCAGUGCCAAACUGGAGAAGGCCGAUAUUCUGGAAAUGACCGUCAACUUUCUCAAACAGCUGCAGCACCAGCAGCAGCAGCAGCAGCUUCCUCAGAGGGACCAUAAUGAAGGCUACUCUCACUGCUGGAGGGAGUCUGUCCACUUCCUCACUCUUCAUUCCUCUGGAGGUGGAUCCGGCCAGGAGCUCCAGCACCUCCACAACACCCAGCUAGGCUCCGCUCCACCAGCAUCUUCCUCUAAACUGAACAUGGCUGGAUUGCAACAGCAUGACAGCAGGAGGCCCGUCUGGAGACCCUGGUAGAGACGCUGUGAACUGUAAACCCUGAGGGAGUCACAGUAACGCCUCUCAUAAAAGUAGGAGAUUCAUUUCCAAAGUGUACAUUUGUGUUGUCAUCAUAUUGCUUGACAAAAACUUUAGACAAACAUGUGUUUGUCAAUAGAAAGAGGUGUAUUAAUGUGCUUCUUUUUCCGUUUAGGAUAGGUCAUAAUGUGAUUUUGUACUACAUAUGUGAUUACUUGAAUUUACGGAGCCCCGCACAUGACAUGCAAAAAAAAUAAAUAAAUUGUGCGCACGAUUUACUAAUUUGUUCCCUCAAUGUACUGAAACGUGCACACGAUUACUAUUGCGUCCCCCCGAUUUGCUAAAACGAACGCAUGAUUUCUAAAUCGAGUGAACGAAAUAGUAAAUCGAGGGAACACAAUAGUAAUUGUGUGCACGUUUUAGUACAUUGAGGGAACGAAUUAGUCAGUCGUGCAAACGAUUUAGCCUAAUAUUUUUUCCUGCAUGUCAUGUGUGGGGCUUGUUUUUUGCAAAUAUAUAUAAACAUAUUGAUGUAUGCAUAUUUAAAUUGAGGUUGACUCCAGUGGAGUUGAAAUUGUACUUAAAAGUUUUUCAGAGUAUUUUUAUGUUUCCACUGGCUAUUCUCCAUCGUUUGGUAGGUAAUGGAUGUUGUACCUUUGAUAAAGGAUCCAGUUUGUUGUCUUGGCCAGUGAUGUUUUGAAAAUGAGCUCUUAUGUCAAAUAUUUUCUGUUAAUAAAAUUCUACA